AUGGUCGAUGUAACAUACAAGAAGGGAAGCACACAUGGCGAUGCUGAUGGAAUGUCAAGACCGGAAAUUCACCCACACCAACAUUAUUUGAAUGCCAUUACAAGAUCAAUGACAACUACGGCCGUUCACAAACCUGUCAUUAAUCACGACAGUCAAUCGACAGUUCCGUUGGACAAUACUGAUAUGGCACCAGCAUCGAUGACAUUUGAUUUUAGUCUGACACGAAUUCGUGACGAGCAGCAGCACGAUUCUCACAUUUUAAAGAUUAAAGAACAGCUGAAGACCGCGACCCGAUCUUAUUCAAAUUUCAUCGUCGAAAAUGAUCUUCUAUACAAACUGGUAACACAACCGCAGGCAGCGACGCUAACAAAAUUGAUCUACAUUCCAUCCUCCAUGAGAGGAGAAGUCCUUCAGAGCUACCACGAUCACCCAACGGCGGCUCAUUUUGGCGUCAAUCGAACAUGGCAUAAAUUGAGGACGAAAUGUUAUUGGCCAAUGAUGAAAGAAACCAUCCAAAAUUACAUUCGAUCGUGUGAGAAGUGUGCAAAGUUCAAUCUCCGUCGAACAAAAUCUCCUGGCUAA